AUGACCGCCAUCGCUCUCGACCAGUUCGAUGCUGUCCUCGGCUCCACCUCGACCGAGAUCUCUUCGGUCGCUCUGGGUGGACGCAUCCUGAGCACCUCGGACGAAUGGUUCGCUCCAGCAUCCUCUCUGCUCAAGGUCGGUCCUGCUCCCUCGCUCAAAGGAACGUUCGGUCCCAAAGGUGCCCUCUUCGACGGCUGGGAGACUCGUCGUCACAACCCCACCUACGACUGGGUCAUCCUCCGUCUCGGCCCCAACGCCGGCGGCCGUUUGAUCGGGUUCGACGUCGACACGGCCAACUUCAACGGCAACGAAGCUCCCGAGAUCUCGAUUCAUGCUCUUGCAUUGACGCAGGAAGAAGAAGCAAGCAUCGACAAUGGGCUGGCAGAAAACGACGAGAGGUGGGAAUGCGUCGUCCCCGUUACUCCGUGUGGACCUUCGCAGAGGCACCUCUUCACGGUUGCCCAGGGUAAAGGCGACAAGAUCUACACGCAUAUCAAGCUGCACAUGAUUCCAGAUGGCGGAAUCGCUAGGUUCAGGGUGUACGGUGUCAUCCCACCACCACCGGUCGGACAGGGCGAGGGCGAACAGGUCAGUGCUGAGAACAGCGCUUUCAACUUGCUCGACCUCGCGCACUGCUUGAACGGAGGUAGGGUGGUGUUCACGGAUGACAACCACUUUGGUGCCGGAAGCAACAUCAUCCUGCCCGGAAGAGGAAAGGAUAUGGGCGACGGCUGGGAGACUCGUCGAUCCAGAGCAAAGGGUCAUUUCAACUGGUCCAUUGUCAAGCUUGGCGAACCAGGUUUCCUCUCGUACGCCGAAGUCGACACCGCCCACUUCCUCGGCAACUUUCCCGAAUCUACAGAGAUCCUAGGUACUGUGCACGACUCUGCCACGGUCCCAUCUGCCGAUGCUCAAUGGGUUACCCUGCUCCCGCGCACAAAGCUUGGUCCAGGUCGUCGUCACUUCUUCCCUCUUGUCGACGGCAACUCGGCGCCGUUCACCCACGUCAUGGUCAAAAUGCACCCGGACGGAGGCAUCAAGCGCUUCCGUGUGCACGGUCGACGAGCCAACCCCAUCCUCGCCGCCAAAAUCCCUCCCACUUCCCUCCCCGCCGUCGCCAUCCCCGCCGACGUCCAGGACCCACUCCCAUCCGCCACCUCGGACCCCUUCGCACCUGUAAGUGCCGAAUCCUCCCUCGCCCCCUCCUCAUCAUCCCCCGCAACCACCUCGACGGGCAUCGUCGUCCACGGCAAAUUCCUCCCCGCUUCACCCCUCACCACCUCCGCCUUCGCCAGCUACGGUGCCGUCAUCGACGGCCCUUCCACCCACAACCCGGACGACGCCAAACCGUUCAAGAUCGUCAACCAGGGAACGGCUCAAAAGUUUUUGAACUUGGCCGAGAUCGUCAACAACUACCCGGAGCAGGCAGGGGCGAGGACGAACAUUCAUGUGUACCGAUGUGAUCCUGCGGCGAAAAUGCCGUUCGAGGUGAAGUUGUUGGAGAGACAUCGAUUCACCACCCAGGCGUUCAUCCCGAUGGUGAGCGUGGGUGGGAAGCAGAAUGGGUUCCUCGUGGUCGUCGCGCAGAACGGUCAAGAUGACCGGCCAGAUCUGAACACCCUGGGCGUGUUCUUGGCAACGACAGAACAGGCGAUCCAGUACCACCCGGGUAUCUGGCAUCACCCGAUGAUCGCGUUGGGUGAUGAAGCUACAGACUUUGCUUGCAUCGUCAACGAAUCCGACGUCCAGCCCGAGCUGGAUUGCGACGAGGUCGAGGUGUAA